AUGGUCAAGGGUCCUUCCAGUGGAGACAGCGCCGGUGCUGGCUUCCAGCUGGGUCCUGACUUUGCGGAUUCUGUGUGCAACUCUCUAUGUGGCGGGGGAGUGCCUGCCCAUCACGAGGAACCCACCGCGAGCAGUACGAUGGAGGAUAAUGAUAGAGGCUCCGUGAGAGGAGUGAAUGCUGCGGAAGUUGCAGCUCUAGCUUUGGUUACUGGCAUGUGCCUCAUGGGCUGUGCUUACUCUGUGAAGCUACUGUGUAGGAAGAGGUGUAAAUGUAGACUAUGCAGUGGACACUAUCAGCUGAUCAAACGGCUGGGUAGUGGCGGCUUUGGGGAGGUAUAUUUGGUCGCAUCUCCGGAUCACAGUAAAGAGCUAUUCGCAGCUAAGAAAAUACCG